AACCAGUUCAAAACUCUUGCUUCUGUGUUCUUCUGUUGAUGUAAUGGUCUCUCUCUUCUCAUCGGUCUGCUUCAAUCAAAUUUGAUGGGAUAUCUUUCCUGCAAAGCUGAAUCCUCUAUCUUAACCUCCAACUCCCACAGCAGCACCAGCUCCGGCUCCACCCACUCUGCCCACAACAAACCCAAGAAGAAGAAGAAAGACAGAGAAGAGCCCAUCAAAAUCCAACAAUUCGAGUACAGCGACCUUGAAGCCGCUACGAAUGGUUUCUCAGAUCAGAAACUAUUGGGCAGAGGCAGCCAUGGUUGCGUCUACAAGGGUGUCCUCCGCAGCGGCCGCCUCGUCGCCAUCAAGAAACCCUCUAGAGGUCGCGGCGCAGCCCCUCGCACCGCCUCUACUGCCGACACCAGCAACGAAGUUGACAACGAGAUUGAUAUCCUCUCCAAAAUCCAUAGUCCUCGGCUUGUGAACUUGCUGGGUUUCACCAAUGACUCCAGAGAUCGUCUUCUGGUUGUCGAAUUCAUGAGUAAUGGAACCCUUUACGAAGUUCUUCACAAUAGCCCUCGACCGCCCAACUGGGGUCGAAGAAUCAGACUUGCCCUUCAGACUGCUAAGGCCAUUGAUACUCUUCAUUCCUCCAUUCCUCCUGUAAUACACAGAGACAUCAAAUCAGCAAAUGUCUUGAUUGAUCGAGAUUCCAAUGCCAGAUUGGGUGAUUUUGGGCUCGCUUUGCGGUGCCACGUUGACGAUUUCCGGCUCCGGUCGACUGCGCCGGCGGGGACAAUUGGGUACCUCGAUCCUGGUUAUCUUACGCCGGAUAAUCUGAGCACAAAAACUGAUGUGUUCAGUUUUGGAAUUCUUCUGUUAGAGAUCUUCAGUGGAAGGAAAGCCAUCGAUGUUGGGUAUUCGCCACCUUCAAUUGUCGAUUGGGCAAUUCCGCUUAUAAAGAAAGGUAAGAUUUUGGGCGUCUACGAUCCCAGAAUUCCACCUCCGAAGGAUCCAAUGGUGAGGAAGCAAUUAGCAGUAAUUGCAGCCAAGUGUGUGAGGUCUUGCAAGGAACGAAGGCCAUCGAUGAAGGAGAUUGUGGAGUGCCUAAGGGUUCUUACUAAGAUGGUACCUCUUCAUUCCUGGAAUGGUUUAUCUGUUAGUAAUCCAUGUUUGAUGAUAGAGACAGAAGGCCGCCCUGUAGAAUCUGAAAAUACCCAUUGGAAUUCAAAGCAAAGGCAUCCAGUAGGAGAAAAUGGAGAUUACAGACGUUCUCGGUCAUUGAAGAACUCAAGUAGAAUUUAUUCUGAUCUGGGUUUAGUUUUUAGGAGCAAUUUGAUGGAUCUAAUGGCUGGAACAGAUGGAAACUCCAGCUUCCGAGGUGAAGCAGAUGGUGUUGAGCUCUCAUCUUCUUCUGCAAUUCAAGGAUUUUUUAGUCAGAUGAGAGCCCGCUCUGUUGGAUCCAAUUAUGAUAGAGAUGGUGUUUUCCAAUUAAGUAGAAACAAAUCUGUUGGAGGAAGCUUAAGACAGAGAAUUAGUUGUGUCAAUAGCAGGUCUGUUAGUGCAAAAGCAGCAAAGCCUGUAUAGUUUCUCCUGGAUUUGAUUGAAAGAAAUUCUGCAAUCUUGUUGAGUUGUUAUGAAUC